AAGAUAUUGUAAACAAACAGGAUAGGACAGGAAAAUUUAAAAACGGAUAUGGUUAUGGGAAGGAAUGUUAUCAGUUAAAGUGAAAUCAUUAAAAUUAUAAUGGAUGUCCAUGAACGUAAAAACAUGGAUUCAGUGCUUCGAAACGAUAGCGAUCAAGGAUCGGUGGCGAAAAAGAUGCCAGGGAUUGAAGCAUUCCAGUUUAUCAAGCCUAUUAGUCGUGGUGCUUUUGGGAAAGUGUUUUUGGGCUGCAAGAAAGAUAAUCCCUCUCAGCUGUAUGCCAUUAAAGUGGUGAAGAAGUCAGACAUAGUUAACAAGAAUAUGGUAGAACAAGUCAUCACAGAGAGAGAUGCCUUGGCCCGAAGUAAAAGUCCCUUUUGCGUGCAACUCUAUUAUUCCUUGCAAACUGUUUGCAAUGUCUAUCUGGUAAUGGAGUAUCUCAUAGGUGGUGAUUUGAAGUCCCUUUUGACGAUGUAUGGGUACUUUGAUGAACCCAUGGCAACUUUUUAUGCUGCUGAAUUGGCUCUUGCCCUUCAGUACUUACAUAGUCAUGGUAUAGUCCACCGUGAUGUUAAGCCAGAUAAUUUACUUCUUGACAAUAAAGGACACCUGAAGCUUACAGAUUUUGGAUUGAGUAAGAUUACUUUUCAUAAAGAAAUGGAAUUGUCAGAAAUGGUACCAGCUACACCAACAGCUGUAAGGUCAGGUUUACGUUACAUGAGAACCCCUGGUCAGAUUUUGUCUCUUAAAUCACAUCUUUCCUUUAGAUCGGAAGACAGCUGUAGUACCCUGAAUUAUUCUAUGUUAAGUGAACAAGUAAACUCAAGUUUAAUCAGCACACAAAAAAUGUCAUUCAGGAAUCAGACUGCAAGCACUGAGCUGCAAAGGACUCCACUGCAAAUGCAGCACAUAUCCAGAAAUGAGUCUCAGGGAUCUUAUGUUAGUCCUUCAACUCAGAAUCAGAAGAACAUCACUGAUGGCCAUACAGCAAGAGGAAAUACUAGAUCAGACAGUAGCCCUUCUGUUGUAGAAUCACCAAUUUGUCAAACCUCAAAGAGCUUCAGUGAUGUAAAAAGGCAGUUUCAUUUUACUAGUGAUGGCACACCAAUGAAAGAACCAGAAUAUGUGUCCCCAAAAGCUGAUGGUAUAAAUACCAAUAAAAGAUUAGAGUGUUCACAUUCUCCAAAGGAAAUUGUAGACACCGCUGCUAGUCUUAUCGUCAAACAAGACAUUUCAAGUGAUUUUGAUCUCUCCGUUUCAAGCUACCUUAGCCAUGAAAGUGGUAUACAUCCUCUUCCCCUUUGGCACUCAAGAGACAAUAGUCUUGAGGAUAUUAAAGAAGAGCUCACUGGUGACGUUAGAUCCUCAGAUAUGUCAAGUGUUAGCACUAGUUCCCCUAAAAACUCAUCAAAUAAUAGUGGAGAAUUGAGUGUACUACCAAUUAACCAUUCACCUGUCCAGAAUAUUAGUGAAGAUUUAGGCAUGAGUUUUGAGGAGGAUUGUAAUCUUCAUGUUGACAGUGACCUCAUAAAAUCCAGGACUUGCUCCAUUGGAGCCAUUGGUAAAGCUUGUGACAGUGGAAAAGAAUUACAAACAGAGAAGCUUGCGGAUGAAGGAAGUAAAGCAGUGACCAUGGUGAGGAAGCCAUGUAGAGCUUCUUCUGAAUAUAGUGAUGUGUUCCUAGACAUAGGACUAGAGGACUGUGUAUCAGAUGUAUUUGAAAACUGUCCAGAGCUUGCAACAUCAGAGUUUUCUAAAAUUCUGAGGAAUGUUGAAGGAAAGAUUGGCCACAGGUGCCAUCCAAGGUUACGUGCUUUGUCUCAGCUGUCUCACCAAAUGUCACCAGUUGGAAAUUCUUCAGGGCUUUUGAGCACAAUACCAAAUUGCAUUUUCUCUGCUGAUAUUGCCACCAGCUCUCCAGUACUUCCUAAAUGUGGUGACGAUGAUGUGAAUGCAACAGAUGUGAACAAUUCUACUGAGAAUGUAAACCCAUGUUUGCCAUCUGGUAGACUUCCAGUUAUGCAGGUAAAUGCAGAUGGAUCAUUUCCUAAAGUAUCAGAUUCAUUUAGAGAGAAUGAAAUUUUUGAAAAAAGAAUUUUUUCACCGCCUUUGAAUACAUGCCAAAGUGAGAGGAAUUUUAAAGUACCUUGUCAGUCACGAGGUAUUAAGAGGUCUAUAGGAUCAGCAAUAAGUCCACCAGUGCACGCACGAAGUUCUUCAACUGGUCUCACUGGAAAUUUUGGAGUCUUAGGAGUUCAUGGACAAUUACUAAAAAAACAGAAUAUUAAGAAGAGUCCACUUGGUAAUUCAUCUACAGAGUAUUCUUGCACUGAUGAAUCUCCUAAAAGUUCCUUGAUGGGAAUUAGAAAAAGGACCAAAAGAAAAGAUCUUUUGAAAUUGCAUCAAAUGCAAGAAAAUUGUCAGAUAUCUGUAGAGGAUGAUGAUGGUUUUCUGACAGAUAAGGAAAACAUUCCCUCUCCUUUGAGCACAAGUAGCAGAGCAUCACUGCAAAGUAAAGAAAAUGCAGGUCGAAAAGGAAAUCAGAUUGUCAGAUGGUACAGUGAAAGUGAUAUGAUGUCAGACACACCAGAAAAAGAUACAUCUUUGGAUCAUAAAAGGAACUGUCCCUCUCAAGGAUCCAGUGUUCACACCCAACACAUGCAACAUUUUCAUAGUUAUCACACACCAGGAAGAAUAAAAAGUGUUCCAAGUACUCCACUUCAGAUGCUUGGUCAUACACCAUUAAGAGCUCCUAAAAGUGUACGAAGAGGAGCCAAACCUCCCAUUGGCUCAGAAUCUCGAAUAUUAGGAACCCCUGAUUACCUGGCACCCGAGCUUCUCCUAAGAUUAGGCCACGGACCUGCUGUUGAUUGGUGGGCAUUGGGUGUUUGCUUAUUUGAAUUCAUGACUGGUGUUCCGCCAUUUAAUGAUGAAACUCCUGAUGCUGUUUUCAAUAACAUCUUACAAAGAGAUAUUCCUUGGCCACAAGAUGAUGAAGCCCUGUCUUCAGCAGCUGUAGAAGCCAUUGAUAAACUUCUGGCCUCCGAUCCUAAAUGCAGAGCUAAUUUUGACACUAUAAAGUCAAUUACUCUGUUGUCAAGCAUUGACUGGACAUGUUUGAGGGAUACUGAAGCACCAUUUGUCCCACAGCCUGAUGAUGCUAUGGAUACAACAUACUUUGAGGCUCGCAACAACAUACAGCAGUUGAAGGUUUCAAACUUUGAGUUAUGAAGUGGCCGAUGGGAAUCUGUGUCGAAUUACCUUUGGGAGGUGUAAAUAGAUGAUGAUUGGAUAUGAGAGUUGUUAUUGAUAUAUUCUAUUGUGCUCCUCUUGUUAAUAAUCUUUCAUUAUUUGACUCACUUUGUAUUUAUAACAUUUUUAUUGUGUAUUUGGAUGAUAAAAUACUAUAUCUAAUAUUUUAUUAAUAAUUUUAAUUGCAUAACCUGCAAAGAUUUUAUCCUAUAAUUGGUCCCAGUAAGAUUAAAACUAACCACAGGAGGAAGUGAACUUUUGUCCUAGUUGCAAGUUACUUACUACCGGGCAGUGCUAGGUAUCUAAUAGCCACAUCUCAAAUGUCUCUCAGCAUUACAGAAGUGUUUUAUGUUCUUAUAAAAAAAAAAAAUUUUAUUUGUGGACCAUUUUUUUUAUGUAUACCAACUUGAACAUUUAUUUGUGGCAUAACAGGCAAGUGUAAAACAUUACAUGAAUGAAAUAGUAUGGAAUAAAGUAUUAAUUUGCCUACAUGCUAGGAAGUACCAGUAGGUCACUAUAAAUUUUGUAAUAUCGGCUUGUUCAAGAUGUUAAGAGCUUUGCUCAUUUACAUCAUUAUUUCACAGCAGUGUAGUGUCUCCACUCCAGUAAAAUUAAGAUUCUUUUUUAUUUCUCAGUAUUCAAAUGGUUCACCAUCUUUGUUAGUAUUCCCACUCAAAGAUCUUGUUACCCAUAAUCAGCAGUAUUAGAUUUUUUUUAUCUGGCUCAACUAGGAAUAUAUCUUCAUGUUGUUGAUGAAAGUAAACAUUUGUCAUUUUGUAGGGUGUACUUCUCAUUCUUACCUCUGAUUUCAUAAAAUCUGAAGAAAAGUUUUUUUGCAGACAAUCCAGUAUUUAAAUUGGCAUAGCAAUUUACUCAUAAUAGCAUCUAAAUUUCCUAAAGCCCCAUGUCAGUGUGAUUUCAUCUCCUUUUAACCUUGUCUUCAGCCUGUUGACAGGAUAUUACCAACCUCAGUCUCCAUAUUUGGUCAGAGGAGGUUAGGAACUCUGUUGACCAUUCAUGCUAAUUAUCAGGGAUCUGUCAGCUUUAUAUCCUCUUUGGAUUGUAUCUGCAUCUAUCUAGAUCAUCAUCCUGACAGACCAUGUUAUUGUCAACCAUAUCAUGAUGGAUGACUUGCCAAAAAUAUGCUGCAAGUUAUCUACCUUUUUUUAAGCACCUCAGUGGUGUGGUUGGUAUGGUAUUAGUGUCCCACCUCGGUGGUCGCGGGUUCAAUUCCCGGCCAUUCCUUUGAGGACUGAGAGAUGUGUAUUUCUGGUGAUAGGAGUUCACUCUCGACGUGGUUCGGAAGUCCUGUAAAGCCGUUGGUCCCGUUGCUGAAUAACCACUGGUUCCAUGCAACGUAAAAGCACCAUACAAACAAACAAACAAGCUAUCUACCUUUUUCCAUCCUCUGCUAAUACCAGUUUAACAAUUGUCAAUCAGUGAACUGAAAAAAUCUUAGACUUUGGUCAUAGUCUAGCCUCUUUCAUGGUCUCCUUUUUGUUAAUGAGCGAUUACCAGGAUUCUUUUAUACUGUGGUUGACUUCAUUUCUUUGAUUAUUAGCUGUAGAUUAAUCCUAGGCUAACUGUCACUCCUUUUCCAGUUAUCAUUUAUCCAGGCUUUUCUUGUAAUAAAAGAUUUGGUCUUUAACCCUUGGAGUCUGUAAGCCUCUCCAUUUGUUCUUUUUAAAGCCAAGAGUAGUAUUGUACCUUUAGAUCUCCAUAAAUAUACCAGGUUAAGGACACUGAUUUAUUUAGGUAUCCCAAACAUCACAUUACUCUCUUUCAAAUAAUACAUCUUGUACCUUUGAUGGGAAAUAUAGACCUUGAUAUACCAGUUUAUUGGACCAAACUAAAUAUUUGGUGACAAUUUAUGUGACUAUCCUCUUAGAUUGAUUCUUUGCAAAAGAAAUUUUAGUAUUUGUGUCAGUAUAAGUCAGAUUCAAGAUAGAUUGAUUGAAAAGUGGUCUAAAAUGCUACAUGUUUGCUAAUCAGACUAACAAAAUCUCUUUUUAUUAUGCUGAGUAUGAAAAAUUAUUACAAUAAAAUUGUAUAGCUGGUGCCAAACAAACAUGUUUUCUGGCACAAAAUUUGCAUUCCUUAUUGCUGAGAAGAUUGAAGUCAUCUGUGUUUGACAUGACUUUCAGAAGCACAUGACAUAUAUUUUGCACCAAUAUACAUAAAAUACUGGCUAAAAAGCACAGAGUAUAAUAUGCUGAAAGAUACUGGGAAGCACUGUUGUGUGAUUGGUUUUAGGAAUCACCAUUAUUGUGUAAGAAGAUAGAUAGAUAAUUUUGGUGAACAUUUUUUUAAGGCUAUGUAUAUUCCUAAAGUCUGAAAAUUAUCAUCAUUAUAUUAUUCUAAGGGAAUGAUCUUUAUUUCAUGGAAUUCUAGUAAUCUGGUGAUAUUGUUUUACCAUUAGUUUAGUGUUUGUUCAUACCUUUGUAAAUAAAUAAAAUUAAAAAAAGAAGAUUGAAUUGUUAAUAUAGUUAUCUCUGUCUCUUAUAGGUCAUUGAAAUCAUCAUAGAUAUGAAUGUGUUUUAUUGCUUUUGUAAAAAUUAUCAUUUAUUUCUUUGUGCUUUUAACUUCAUAGGUUGUGUUGUUUCCGUCAGAAUUGGAUUUCAAAUGCAGUAUCAUGCUUAAGUGUAAGUAUUUGGUUAUUAUUCAUGUUGCAUUGUAAAAUUACAAGUUAAUAGAUCUUUACAUUGCUGUUAAGCAAAUAACAUGCGAUUUGUCAUAUGUCUCCAAUAACCUGCUUGUUUUGGUCUCCAUUUGUGGAUUCUAAUUCAAACAUAAACCAUCUUGAUAAGUGUGCAAUUUGUGAGACCUCAUUGUGCUGAACUGAUUAUUCAAGUUUUUUUAGAAGGUAGAAUGUAUUCCGAAAGUAUAAUUUGUUGGACUGUAGAUAUAUGCUGUAAAGUGACUUCAGUUCAGGAAAGUUUGUUUUUAGUUACUUUUAUGAUCAAGUAUUAACAUAAUUUAUAAAAUCUAGAUAUCUGUCUUGGAACAGUGUGAGCAAAAUUUUAAUCGAAGACGUUGCAGUGAUAGGAAUCUUUUUGCAAAAAUCUGAUUGGAGGUUUAAAAGCAGUUAAAUUGGACUAGCAAAUAGCCAACUUGGUAAAAAAUAGCAGCUUCACACAGUAGCUGUGGUCGCCUAUUUGUUUCUUAGUUACAGAUUUUUCUUUCUUCCCCUUUUAUUGUAUCGAUUUGUGCUGUCUAGUCAAAUGUAAUUUUAGAGAAGUCAAGGAACUGUUCUAAAAUGAGUCUUCUCUGUAGCUUUUUUGUUUUACUCCACUUUUCAUGCAUACUUUUAUUUACUGCAUUUUUGUUCAUUAUUUAGCUUUAGAAAUAUUUUGAGAUUAGAGUGAGAUACUGAGGUAAAAUAGAUUUUCAAGAAAGUAUUACUGGCGAGAUUAUAAGAUAUAGAUUACUUUUUUGUUUUUGAACAAGCUUUAUCAGCUUCAGUUCAUUAUUUCAGGUUUUUAACAAAUCAUUGUUUGAAAACUUAUAAGGCAUUUCAAGAAUUGUGUACAUCUUUUAUUAGUGUUGAAUAAGCAGAUCAGUGCUAUGUAUUUUUUAAGUCAUUUAGGAGCAUUCCUGCAUAUUGCUGUAACAGUAUUUGAAUAUACUUUUUGUCCUGUAGUUAAUACAGCAUGGAAUUCUUGAAAA